UCAUUGUCCACCACACUAUGCCUAUUCCCAAUUCCACAAAAAGUGCACUUUAUCAUUUAUUCAUUCUUCCCACAACCACUAACAUUAUAACUACAAAUUUUAUAUAUCUUGCAUUCUCUCAUACAAGCCUUUGCUUCCUCUUCAACUUCUCCAAUGUCUUCCUUUACUCAACACAACUACCUUCCAAGCUUUCACCACCAAGCUUGCACAAAAAGCAAACUCAUACACCGGAUUCGUGUCUAUUGCUCCACCAAUACUACUACUACUAGAACUACUACCGCUACUCCGAAGUCCAAGCCCAAUGUUGAUCAAUUGAUCGUUGAGCCUAGAUUUGCGCCGCUGCCAAUAAAGGCAGUAACCGUCGCUAACCAUCCAACGGAAAGUGAGACGAGUUUGCAAUCAACAUGGUCUCAUCGCGCAUGGGUCGCGGUUGGAUGCACAACUUUGCUAAUUUCUUUGGGAGAGUCUAUAAAGGGCUCAAUGGAUAUGAAUAUGUGGGUCGAGCCCAUUUUGGCAGGAUGGGUUGGUUACAUCUUAGCUGAUCUCGGAUCCGGAGUUUAUCAUUGGGCCAUUGAUAAUUAUGGAGAUGGAUCGACCCCGUUUGUUGGAGCUCAAAUUGAAGCUUUCCAAGGCCAUCACAAAUGGCCUUGGACAAUUACUAAGCGUCAAUUUGCUAACAAUUUGCACGCGCUUGCACGUGUGGUGACUUUUGUAGUGCUUCCUAUAGACCUUGUUUUCCAUGACCCUAUAGUUCAAAGCUUUGUUGCCAUGUGUGCGGGUUGCAUUAUGUUUAGCCAACAAUUUCAUGCAUGGGCUCAUGGGACAAAGAGCCGGCUUCCGCCUCUCGUGGUGGCUUUGCAGGAGAGUGGAGUGCUCGUGUCGCGAUUGCAGCACGGGGCGCAUCACCGGCCGCCGUAUAACAAUAAUUACUGCAUAGUAAGUGGAGUUUGGAACGAGGUGUUGGAUGAAACUAAGGCUUUUGAAGCUAUUGAAAUGAUAUUGUAUUUUAAACUUGGAGUUAGGCCAAGAUCAUGGAGUGAGCCUGCUUCUGAGUGGUUGGAGGAUAUUGAAAUUGCUUCUCAAAGCCAAGCACAAUGACCCUUCUUUCUUCUCUUUUUCUUGUUAAAAUAUUUAUUUGUUGCAUAUAAUAUUUGUGUGGAUAACUGAGUAUAUGAUUGUUAUCUCCCUAUGCUCUCUGGAUUUGGAUCCUCUGCAGUGUUUUCUCUCCUGUUUCCAUUCAACCAUCAUCUUAGCCACUCAUCUAUCAUUUUUCUCACUUUUCAAAGUAACAUCUUUUCAUCUGUAUAAUUUUUAUCCAUUCUUAGCCACUAGAUGAAACAUGAGAGGGAUGAUAGGAGGGAAAGGCAUGAGAGGAUCUAUUUCCAUACUGUUUUCACUCAAUUAAAAUUAAUACAUUUUAAAUCAUUUUAUA